AUGGAUUCGUCAUGGUUACAAUAUGCUGAUCCGACUGAAGCACGAGACUUGACCAUUGAUGCAGCUCAAGCACUGGGCAAGGCACUCAAAGGGGGAGGCUCAUCCUCUCGCAAUAUUCCUUUCCAGAAAUUGAAGGCUCUUCUAGACAGUAGGAGCGACCGGGAUAUUCUCGAUGGCAUGAAACGAGUCAUCUCGAUGAUGUAUCAAAACACGCCAUGCCUACCAUAUUUCUCAUCAGUGGUCAAAAAUGUGGCCAAUCCCAACCUCGAAGUCAAGAAGCUGGUGUACAUCUAUCUUCUACACUACGCCGAAUCCGACCCAGACCUAGCUCUUCUAUCCGUCAAUGCGAUCCAGAAGUCUCUUACGGAUCAGAACCCUCAAAUUCGAGCCCUGGCAUUACGGACCAUGGCUGGCAUGAGAGUCCCAGUCAUCAGCCAGAUUGUUUCCCUAGCCAUCAAGCGAGGCGCUGGAGACAUGAGUCCACAUGUACGAAAGGCUGCGGCACUUGCCAUUCCCAAAUGUUACAACCUCGACCCUAACACUUUACCUCAACUGCUCGACUAUCUCUCGGUACUACUCGGUGACAAACAGUACUUCGUUGUUGGUCCUGCUGUGCAAUCUUUCCUCGAACUAUGCCCGGAGCGGAUCGACCUCAUCCAUAAACACUACCGAAGUCUAACAAAGAAACUUGUUGACAUGGACGAAUGGAGUCAAUUGGCAACUUUGAGACUGUUACUCUUCUACGGCCGGCGAUCCUUUCCGCAGCGGACACAAAGAGUGACGAAGGUCAACAAGAAAGGCUUUUACGAGGACGAGGCUGAUCAGACCGUCGAGACAGACGAAGUUGUUCAGGUCCUCGAUCCGGACCUGGAACUCUUCCUCAACGCCUGCAGACCACUUCUCUCGAGCCGGAGUCCAGCCGUCAUCGUCUCGAUUGUCAGUUGUUUCCUAUACUUGGGCACACGGACAUAUCUUGAAGAAGCUGUGGGACCACUGAUCGGACUUUUGCGAGGGCCAACAGAAGUGGAAGAGGUGGCACUGUGCAACAUUGUGUUGGUAUCUUUGACAGCACCGGAGCUGUUCGUACCUUACGCCUCACACUUUCUCCUCCGGGCGCUGGACUCACCACAGAUGUGCAAGUUGAAAAUUGAGCUUCUGACGCUCAUUUACCCACAUGCGGCUUUACAUCUCAAGUCAAUCAUCUUGAGUGAACUACAGCACUUCUCACACAGCUCUGAUAUUGGACUCAUUCGAGAAUCUGUACGAGCAAUAGGUCGUUGCGCACAAUCGGACCCGAACAAUGCACAUCGGUGUUUCCGCGUGCUCCUGAAUCAGAUAUCGAGCUUCGACAAUGUGCUAGUUUCGGAAGUGCUGACAGUCAUGCGUCAUCUGAUCCAACAAGAUCCGAAGUCUCACAGAAAGACUGUUGUGCGAUUGGCCAGGAACUUAGACAAGACCACAAGUCCGGAAGCUCGAGCGACGAUAAUUUGGCUUGUGGGAGAGUUUGCAAGUCUAGAUCCAGAUAAUGAUAUCGCACCAGAUGUGCUGCGAAUUCUCGCCAAAGGUUUUGCGGAGGAAAGCGAGACUGCCAAACAACAGAUCGUCCUUUUGGCGGCUAAAGUGUAUUUGUUGUUUUUGCAGAAGCAGAGGUCCGAAGAUGAUGGUGAUGCAUCACAAGACAACGGAGGCGAUCACGUUCAAUCGACCUCUCUGGACCAUCUAAUAACGAAACUAUGGGACUAUAUCCAACUACUCGCACGAUACGACACGUCUUAUGAUCUGCGAGACCGAGCACGGUUAUUCAAAGCCUUGCUAGCGAAUUCUCAAUCGACCCAGCUGGCAGCGCUUCUCCUUCUGGCUCCCAAGCCGGUUCCUCACUCACCGUCACCUUCGGAAAGUCGCAAGGGGUUGUUGUUAGGGAGCACGACUCUCGUCCUUGGAAAAGAUGUCGCGGGUGUCCUGGGUCUUCCCGGCUACCAGGAACUUCCUGAGUGGGUAUCUGAUGGCCUUGAGCCAGAUCCAAAGCUCAGAGAUGGUGAUGGCGGAGAGAAGGAAGAAUAUGUGCCCCUUGCGGCGCGAACGACAGCAUCUGUCUCAGCCAGCAAGAGGCUUGCAGAGGCCGUAAAGGAACGGGGUCUGGAAGAUGUUGUUGCUGCAGGUUCGACGAAGACUGCCAAACCCAGAACUCUAGACGACUGGUUGGCUGAGAGUGAGGGUGAAGAGGAAGAGACGGAAGAAGAGACGGAAAGCGGAGAGUCGGGGGAGGAAAGCGAAGAAGAAGAGACGGAUGCAGAGAGCGCAGAUGAUGAGGAGAAAGAAUCGAGGAGAGGGCUCAUUAGUUAG